AUGGAACAUGAAUCAAUUAAAGAAGAAAAUAAUACAACGGAAGAUCAUGAAAUAAUUAAAAAGGAAAUACUAGAAGAAAAUGUUACAGCAAAACACAAACGGAUUGAUUUUAAUGAAGAAUUUGAUGAAAAUGAUUUAGAACAUCAAUCAAUUCAAAAAGAAGACAAGAAUAUUUCAUGUGACGUUUGUCAUGCAAAAUUAGCUGAUCAAUACCGUUUAAUUGAACAUAAACGAAUACACACUGGAGAAAAACUUUUUUCUUGUGAAGUUUGUGAUAAAUCAUUUACUCACCGACACAAUUUAAAAAGACAUAAACGGACUCAUACUGGAGAAAAACCUUUUCCUUGUGAAGUUUGUGGUAAAUCAUUUACUCAGCCAACCACUUUAACAGCACAUAAACGGACUCAUACUGGAGAAAAACCUUUUUCUUGUGAAGUUUGUGAUAAAUCAUUUACUCAGCCAGCCACUUUAACAGCACAUAAACGGACUCAUAUUGGAGAAAAACCUUUUUCUUGUGAAGUUUGUGAUAAAUCAUUUACUCAGCUACCCACUUUAACAGCACAUAAACGGACGCAUACUGGAGAAAAACCUUUUUCUUGUGAAGUUUGUGAUAAAUCAUUUGCUCAGCGAGACGGUUUAAAAAAACAUAAAGGGACUCAUACUGGAGAAAAACCUUUUUCUUGUGAAGUUUGUGAUAAAUCAUUUACUCAGCGAAGCCAUUUAACAGUACAUAAACGGACUCAUACUGGAGAAAAAUCUAUUUAUUGUGAAGAUUGUGGUAAAUCAUUUACUCAGCGAUCCACUUUAACAGCACACAAACGGACUCAUACUGGAGAAAAACCUUUUUCUUGUGAAGUUUGUGAUAAAUCAUUUACUCAGCGAAGCCAUUUAACAGUACAUAAACGGACUCAUACUGGAUAAAAACGUUUUUCUUGUGAAGUUUGUGAUAAAUCAUUUACUCUCCGAAGCGAUUUAAUUUGCCCAUAAACAAACUCAUACCAGAAAAGCACCCAACCCGAUUCCUUUAUACGCUAGUAAAGUAGAACGCCAUCUCGUGUUUUAUUUUUAUUUUUUGGUUUUAUUUUCUCUCUAAUUCAUAAGAAUAUCCAGGAAAACGGUAAAAUUGCAAUUAUGGUUUAUUAUUGGGUGUGUUUUCACAAAUUAUGAUAAUAAAAACGGUCAGGGAAUUUUUCUUAUCAACAUGGAAGUCAAGGAAUUUCAAAUUAAUUAAUUCGAUUGCCAUCUUGUGUUUAUGAUUCGAGAAAAUUUCAAAAAAAUGUGAACCAGGUCGUUACACACGGUGGGAUUGUUUGGGUUUUGAGAAUCAAAGUCCAUUUUUGUGUCGUCUUAAAACAUACGUUAGAUUUACAAUGUCUUAAAAUGAGGUCACGUACAGAGUUUUGGAAAAGUUUUUUUCUGGACUUUAUAGAAUUAACUUCUUGAAAAAUAGUGACUGAAUAUCAUAAAAUGUUCUCUUACUAUGAAAAAUAGUUUCUUGUCUUUAUUGACUUUAUGGCCUAACAUGAUGAACAAAAGUUUGAACCCUUCACCUUGGGAUGAUUCCUGGACACGGGCCUGAUGUGAGCAAAUGUAGAAAACUGCUAUUUAUCGAAAGUGUUCAGAUUGUUGGCCAUAGUAGCUCACAAACGAAUAAUUGUAAAUUACGUCGGUAAAUCGCGUUGAGAUUUCAUCAGUAAAUACACUAAUAAUUUACUAGAUUUACAAUAACACCUUCGAUUUUUUUUCUAGGUUAUUUACAUUAUACCCAGGUGAUGUAAUUUUAACAGGGACACCUGCUGGAGUGGGUGUGUUUAGAAAUCCUCCUCUAUAUUUACAAAAAGGUGA